UCCCAGAGAGCGUGAAACAAAGCAGUCGGAUCGGAAUUGGACUUGGAAGGCGCAGCGUGGAGUCGGGCAUAAAACUUGUUGGAGGGGAGUAACGAGUCGGCUCCUCUCGUUCUCCCCCUCAUCCACGCUGUGCUACAGGGGGCUCUCCCACCAGCCUUACGAUUUAUUUUUAUAUCUGCGUUUUUAAAAAUAUAUAUAGAGAGAGAAGUGUAUAAAAUAUAUUUUCUUCUUACGGGAAAAUUCCUUUUCCAAGAGAAAAUAAGGCAACAUCAAUGAAGGAGAGAAGAGCCAGCCAGAAACUAUCCAGUAAAUCUAUCAUGGAUCCUAAUCAGAACGUGAAAUGCAAGAUAGUCGUGGUGGGAGACAGCCAGUGUGGGAAAACAGCGCUGCUCCACGUCUUCGCCAAGGAUUGCUUCCCCGAGAAUUACGUCCCUACAGUGUUUGAGAAUUACACGGCCAGUUUUGAAAUCGACACACAAAGAAUAGAGUUGAGCCUAUGGGACACUUCGGGGUCUCCGUACUAUGACAACGUCCGCCCGCUCUCUUACCCAGACUCUGAUGCUGUGUUGAUUUGCUUUGACAUCAGUAGACCAGAGACUCUGGACAGUGUUCUAAAAAAGUGGAAAGGUGAAAUCCAGGAGUUUUGUCCCAAUACCAAAAUGCUCUUGGUCGGCUGCAAGUCUGAUCUUCGGACAGAUGUUAGUACAUUAGUAGAGCUCUCAAAUCACAGGCAGACUCCAGUGUCCUAUGACCAGGGGGCAAAUAUGGCCAAACAGAUUGGAGCAGCUACUUACAUUGAAUGCUCAGCUUUACAGUCAGAAAAUAGCGUCAGAGACAUUUUUCACGUUGCUACCUUGGCAUGUGUAAAUAAGACAAAUAAAAACGUUAAGCGGAACAAAUCCCAGAGGGCCACAAAGCGGAUUUCACACAUGCCUAGCAGACCAGAACUCUCAGCAGUUGCUACGGACUUACGAAAGGACAAAGCAAAGAGCUGCAGUGUGAUGUGAAACUUUUCCUGAUCUUGAAUGAGGACAAGAGAAUCUAGUGUAAAAAAAAGAAAGAGAGAAAAGGAGCAAAACAAGUGAAAUCUGAGUGAAGUGCACAGCCAAAGUCACAUAUAUCGCAGGCCCCUGAAGGGAUAACUGUGUUUUUGGAAUCCUGUCCUUGGCACGUAGAUCGAGUGGUGAGAAGUGAAUAUAUUGAAGAGUUUUGACGUGUGACUUGAAAGAUAUGCCAAAAAAAGAGAUACAGAUGGGCUAAAGAUAGAUGAGGAGGAAUGCGAGUACUUCCAAGAAGAAAAAAAUCACACUCUGAAUGGUGCUUGCUUAUUUUUUGUUAUUGUUGUUUCCUUACAAUUUGUUCGUGAAUCUCUACUUUGAUUUUAACUUUUCAAUGUUUUAGUUGCCUUUACAAAAAGUAUAUAUUAAUAUACCAUCCUCAUUGGGGAACUGGCACUGUGACCUUAGUGUUUAGGUUUUUUUUUUUUUCCUAAGAGGAUGUGAUCUAAUUUCCUCCUAGCUCAUCAUUAAAAUGGAAAUUGUAUCAGGACCUAUGGGAUUCCAGAGGAAAACUUCAUGAGGCUUUGAAAUCUUGCCUUCCUGAAGAUUGCUACUGAGCAAGAUAGUUUUAAAAGAAAGGCUUUUGAGUCCUUGCAAGAUGUGUAGACCAGCACUACAAAGAUCGCCUAGAUCAAAUAGGAAAAAAAAAAUGGUGUUGUUUUUUAUUCUGUCUGAUGGUUCUGUUCCUCAAUGUGAUCGUCAUUAACAAGUGGUAUAUUGCUCAAUGUAAUAUUUUUGUGCACUGUUUAGAGAAGAGGGUUGUGAUUUUAGGUUUUUUUUGCCAUCGUUGAUAAAAAUGCAAAGUCAAAUAAAAAGUGUCUUGCUUUGGUGUCAUAGAAUGAUUCCAGGAGGAAAAA